CACUGAAACGCCUCCAUGGCUCGUAGCCUUCACCUCAACUCCGUUCUUCUUUCCUUCUAGCUCAAAGCUAUACUGAUCCUACUCGCACAAUCACACACUUGCUUGGUGUAGUUAAGCUGCAGAGUGAGGGAGGGAGAGGUUUGUACUCUGCAAAGCUGUUAAUCUUGCUGCAUCCGUAUAGUUGUGGUGAAAGUAAAGAGGGCAAGGGAGCUGGAGGAGUAGUCGUGGGCGGGGGCGCGGCUCACCGGUCCGACACCGACAUGCACAGAGCGUCACCGUGGCACUCCCACCGCAGCAAGCGCGCACCGUUCGACGCCGCUCUCUCCGCCGCCAACAAGCUGCCCUGGCCGUCGCCGCACCGCCCGGCCAACCAUGACGUCCUCCUUCCUGGCCUCUUCUUCCUUUUCCGCUUCGUCGCCCCUUUCUUACCUGAUCCCUGCAAGGCUGCCGCCUCCGCCUCCGCCUCCCCUUCUCAUGGGAUACGGUGCCAAUGGCGUUGGCGGUGUGCCAGUGCCGAUGAGUGGCGUCGUGGACGCAGCGAGUGCGGCGGCGGUGGCGCCGCCGAGGCAGGGAAGCAGGCACGCUGGGACGGGGCACCCGCCGCCGCCGCGCCCGCCGCCGAGGCAGUGCCCGCGGUGCGGCUCCGCCAACACCAAGUUCUGCUACUACAACAACUACAGCCACGCGCAGCCGCGGUACCGCUGCAAGGCGUGCCGCCGGCACUGGACCGAGGGCGGCACGCUCCGCGACGUGCCCGUCGGCGGCGGCCGCAAGAACAGGCGCCGCGGCAAGGGAGGCGCCACCGCGAAAGCCUCCUCCGCAGCGACGUCGGCGGCUGCGUCGCACGGCGGCGGCAGCGUUGACACGUUCCCGGACAUCCUGCGGCAGGUGCUGUUCCAACCGGCCGCGGCCCUGACCGGGGGCGGAUACAGCAUUGACCUGCGCGCGUGGCAGCAAAUGGCCGCAGCCACCGCGCCGCCGCAGGGCACCGGCGAUGUCGGCGCGCUCGGAGGAGCAUCGGCGGACGCCAACUGCGGCGCCUUGCAGUACUGGAGCGGGUGGCAGCAAGAUGACAUGCCCGGUCUGGACGGGGCCUGAUAAUUAGUGCUUGCAUGAGUGCCUAGCUACAUACGUAUAUACGUACGCGUACAGUACAUACCCACCAGUGUACGUCAGUAGCUUGUUUCGCUACAUGGUGCACACAUCCUUCCUCUAGCUGUUUUCUGCAUUUGUAUCUUGUUAUUAUGUGCUUGCUUGUAACAUUACUUAUGGCCUUAUAUCCCAAUUAUCAUACUGCUAAGACGGGGGCCUGUGAGGGUAUUUUUCAAUGUUAGUAUACCUAUGUAUCUUGGCCAAUUUGUAAACC